CACAAUCAAUUAUCAUGAAGAGAAGAUAAAAUAGCUCGUCGCUUUCAAACACAUUUCACAAACAUGUUGAAGUUGUUAAGCUACAGUUUACUAACAGUUUUGACUGUCGACCUUUUGGCCACUUCUGGCGACAUCACAAUGACAUGGACCUCCCCUGUCCUGCCAAAACUGUACUCAAACGACUCCGAUACCAACCCAUUGGGCAAACCCAUCGAUCCAGACAUCGAAUCCUGGAUUGCUUCCUUGAUAAAUAUUGGUGCUAUGGUCGGCCCGUUCCCAUAUGGGUUCAUUGCCGAGAGAUACGGACGCAAAGUUAGCCUUCUUUUGAUCGCAAUCCCGCACAUCAUCUCCUACGUAACCUUCGCAAUGUCGAAAACAGCCUAUUUGUAUUAUUUUGGCCGACUUUUGGGCGGUAUUGCCGUCGGUGGUGGUUACACAGUCCUUCCAAUGUACGUGGCAGAAGUGGCAGAAGACUCAAAUCGAGGGACGUUAUCAGUGACUUUAAACAUCUUCUGGACUUUUGGAAACCUACUUCCACUGAUUUUGGGCCCCUACUUGUCCAUUUUUUGGUUCAAUAUUAUCCUAGCUUGUGUCCCAACAUCCUUCUUCGUCCUAUUCUUCUUGGUAGCACCCGAAUCUCCGUAUUUUCUCAUCAGUAAAAACAAGAUGAAUCAAGCGGAAACAUCUCUCCUCAAGUUGCGAUCCAAUAACAAGAAAGUGGUAGAGGAUGAAAUCCGCGGCAUCAAGUCCGAAUUGGCCAAAAAUGAAUCACAAGAAACGUUCCUUAGUUUAUUCAAAACCAGAAUCUACCUAAAGGGUUUAUUGAUUUCGUUAGUCUUGAUUAUCGCUCAACAACUUUCUGGAGUAAACGCCCUUACGUUUUAUACUCAAGAGAUCUUUGCAGCUGCCGGAGCCAACGGCUUGAAACCCGAAGUCUCGAGCAUUAUUAUAGGUCUAGUGAUAUUUGGUUCAAGUUUUGCCACUCCUUUCGUGGUCGAUAGACUCGGCCGGAGAUUUCUACUCCUAGGCUCACUUCUUGGAAUUACUCUCGCACAUCUAGCUUUCGGCGCCUAUUUCUAUCUCCAGACCUCAACAAAUUUAGACAUCAGUGGCAUUUCUUGGCUCCCUCUUACAAGUGCAGUACUUUUUGCCGUGACAUUUAACACAGGCCUGGGUCCAAUUCCUUGGACUGUUUCAGCGGAAUUGUUCCCAACAAGUGUCAAGCCUUACGCUGCUUCUUUAGUUUCCUUUGCUUGUUGGACGACUUCGUUUUUCGUAACCAAAUUUUUUAUUGAUCUGAAGAAUGGUCUAGGUUCAGGAGAAACGUACUGGUUGUUUGGUGGUUUCUGUUCGGCCGCUUGGUUUUUUACGUUUUUUUUUGUCCCAGAAACCAAAGGGAAGAGUUUUCAAGAGAUACAGGAGAUUUUGGAAAGGUGAUAGUUAAAGUGGGUGGAAAAAUUCGACAAGAUUUGUGAUUACGGAAACAAUAUAAAACAAUAGAUAUAUCUGAUCAUAAUCUUGGUGCGUUUAAUCGAUAAGACUGUGAUAAGGCAUCAUUUUAUUAGGAAUAUUUGUAAAUUGCGGAAAAAAUAAUAGAAUUUUAAUUGUAUAUUGUAUUUAUUUUUCUUGUUUAAUAAAUGAAAAUUAUAUUC